AUGAAACUGCCUCUGUCUGAUGAUGAACAUUGGGUGCAUACAUGGACAAGUAUGCCCAUGAUUCUAGCACCCGCCGAUCUUCCGUCUAAAAAUUUCAUUGAGGAAAAAAUCGCCUUUACCGACUCGACUCUUCGCCAAACAGCCCGCAUAUCGACAGGAACAGAGAAAUUUCUACGGAUCCGGUUAUCAAACCUCUUCGGGACCGAACCUCUCACUGUUACGAAAACAACGCUUGCUCUCACGGCUGGUAAUCAAUCUGGGACAUCGGCAAUUGAACCCCGCACUCUCCAAAAGGUCACCUUCAAUGGCUAUGAAUCUACAACUAUCCCGGGCGGUGCGCAAGUCGUCUCUGAUCCAGUUGAUUUUGGAUUCUCUAUAGCCCCACGACAGGCUCUUAGUAUCAGUAUUUUCAUCGAAUCUGGCCAACAAUUCGACUCUAUUACCUCUCACCCGGGUAGUCGGACGACUUCAUAUCUCACGAAAGGAGUCCAUGUCGCCGAGGAUGACUUCAAUAAUCUUGCUGUCGAGCAGGCAGACCAUUGGUACUACAUCAGCGGCAUCGAAGCUCUUGUCCCACGGAAUACGCAGGCCUUUGCGCUGCUCGGCGACAGCAUAACAGAUGGCCGGGGCAGCACUACGAACGGAGACACGCGCUGGCCGGAUUUCUUCUUCCAACAACUCCUUGCCCGCUCGCCCAGCCCAUCAAAUCCUAUAUCAAUUGUCAACCAGGCAGCAGGUGGCAACCGUGUCCUCGCCGAUGGCCUCGGUCCCAGCGUGCUUAGCCGGUUGGAUAGAGAUAUCCUUUCCCUCUCAGGCGUCCGAUUCGUCCUCAUAUUCACCGGUAUAAACGAUAUUGGCAAAGCGCCUGCUGACCCCACUAGCCAACAGAUUCUCAGUGAGCAACUAAUUGCCGGAUACAUGCAACUCAUCACUCGGCUACGGGCGCACGGAUUAUGUGCUUUCGGGGCUACACUGACACCCUUUUGUCUUCGUGAUGGAACUGACCCUUCGUCGUAUUCCCACCCUCAGCGAGAGGCUACAAGGCAGACAGUGAACCAGUGGAUCAGGACAAGUGGGAUAUAUGAUACAGUCGUUGAUUUUGAUGCAGUUCUACGCGAUCCUGAAGAUUGUUCUUUACUAAGGGCGGAGUUUGAUUCUGGGGAUGGGAUACAUCCUAAUAAUAGGGCGUUCAUGGCUAUGGCGACCGCAUUUGGUAUCAGCUUCGAGGAGUCGAAGAAUGGAGCAGAGACAUAA